AUGGCUCUCUUUGCCCGCCGCGGUGUCGUGCGGCAGGCGAGGAAGGCCAAGACAGAGAGCAGCGAUGAGGAUGAGGAGCAGCAGCAGCAGCAGCAGCAGCAGCAGCAGCAGCAGCAGCAGCAGCCUCGAGCAUCUGUGUUAAAGGCAGCAGCAGCAUCUGCAGCAGGUCUUCCAGCACCUCCUCAAGCAGCAGCAGCAGCAGCAGCAACAGCAGCAACAGCCCAUAGUAUACGACAGAGUGCUGCAGUAACAGCAGCAAGGUCGCAUGCAGCAGCAGCAGCAGCAGCUGCUGCUGUUCCUGCUGAGCUGCAGCUGCUAGACAGCUCGUUUCAGAGUGCCUUGGAUGAGCUUGAUGGGGAGGAUUCGCUGCUGCAGCAGAUGCUGCAGCAGCAGCAGCAGCAGCUGCAGCAGGAGCACGAGCUGCAGCCGCAGCAGCAGCAGCAGCAGCAGCAGCAGCUGAGAGGGCUGCUGCAGCAGCAGCAGCAGCAACCCAAGAAGAAACUCCUUGCUGCUGGUGCAUGCGCUGUAGGCAGCAGCCGUGUCUUCGUGCAGCAGCAGCAGCAGCAGCAGCAGCUCAUGCAGCAGCAGCAAGCAGCAGCAGCAGCAAGAGCGCAGCGCCUCAGCUUUGGCUUCGGUGACGAAGACACCCCAACCCUGCAACGCGGUGCAGCAGCAGCCGUGCAGGAGUUCCUCGAGGAGCAGCCGCCCAGCAGCAAACCCUCAAGAAGCAGCAAGAGCAGCAGCAGCAGCAGCAGCAGCAGCAGCAGCAAGGAUUCUAAUAGUCGGCGCAGUGGCAGCAGAGACUCGGGCCACAGAGGCAGCAGCAGCAGCAGCAGCAGCAGCAGCAGCAGCAAGCCUGUGGUUGUAGUAAACCGCACAGGCAGUGUGGGGAUUGUGCUGAAGGCGACCCAUGCUAGCAGCAGCAGCAGCAGCAGCAAGAGCAGCAGCAAGAGCAGCAGCAGCAGCAGCAGCAGCAGCAGCAGAGACAGCAGCAGCAAAGACAGCAGCAGCAGACGCCAUGACUUCAUCCCGCGAAGCAGCAGCAGCAGCAGCAGCAGCAGCAGCAGCAGCAGCAGCAGCAGCCAUUCAUCAUCAAGGAGUGGGGGCUCUUCCGAUGCUGCAGCUCGACCGCGUUCAGCAGCAGCAGCAGCAGCACCAGCAGCAGCAGCAGGAACAGCAGCAGCAGCAGCAGCAUCUGAGCCACGUAUCUUUUCUUUGGCGGAGCUUGAAGACGGCAGGACAGCAGCAGCAGCAGCAGCAGCAGCAGCAGCAGCAGAUGAUGGAGCAGCAGAACUGCCUUUUGCUGCACUUGCACAGAUGGCUCGACGGUCGCGGCAGCAAGCAAGAGCAGCAGACAUGAGCAGCAGCAGCAGCAGCAGCAGCAGCAGCAGCAGCAGUCACAAGGGUGCAACACCAAAUGCCUCUUGCUUCGGGGAGUAUACAGAGGAGGAUGAAGCAGCAGCAGCAGGCAGCAGCAGCAGCAGCAGCAGCAGCAGCAGCAGCAGCAGCAAGAGCUGGCUAGCCAGAGAAGCCAUGCUGCAGCUGCGCGGCGUCCCGCUGCUGCAGCAGCUCUCUGAAGAGUCAGAGCAAGCAGCACUAGAAGCAUGGGAGAGAGAACAAAUCAUGAAAGGGGCUGGGAGGAAGCAGCUGCUGCUGCAGCAGCAGAAGCUUGAGAGGCGCCAGCGGCAGCAGCUAGAGGAGCAGCAGCAGCAGCAGCAGCAGCUAAUCCUCAGCUCAUUCAGCGGCAUCAUUGGGCAGCAAGAUAUACAUGCUGCUGCUGCUGCUGCUGCUGCAGCAGAUGGCAGCAGCAGCAGUUUCAUCAAGGCUGCUGCAGAACCCAGGAGAGCGGGAACAACAGUAGCAGCAGCAACAGCAGCAAACUGCUUCGCUCAGCUAUGGGCCAGCAGCAGCAGCAUCAGCAGCAGCAGCAGCAGCAGCAGCAGCAGCAGCAGCAACAGCGCAGAGCAGCAGGCAGCAGCAGCAGUUGCUUGGAUUCAGGAACAGGCACAGACACAGGCAGAGUUGCAGCAGCAGAAGCAGCAGCAGAAGCAGCAGCAAAUAGAUUGUAAGAAAAGACGGCUGCAGAGACUGCAGGAAUUUUUAAUGUACAUUGAGGACCUCAGCGGCUGCAUUCACGAGAAGAAACCCGCAGUGAAGAUGGCUGUGGAGGCCCUGCAGGCGCUUGAGAAAGACGAGGCAGAGCGAACCACGCAGCGCCGCCUGGCGGAUAUAGGCCGCUUGCUGCCGGAGCGCUUCGAUGAAUUCGGGAGAAGCUUGAGCUUACAAAAGAGAAGAAGAAGGUACGCCCCCAAGCUCAAGCAGCAGCAGCAGCAGCAGCAGCAGCAGCAGCAGCCGCUGGGCCAGCUGCUGCGGCAGCUGAGGAAGUGCCCGCACCCAGCUUCUCCUGAGGCGAUAGAGGCUUUCACAGCAGCACGAGCAGCAGCAGCAGCAACAGCAGCAGCAGCAGCAGCAGCAGCAGGAACAGCAGCAACAGAUGUAGAGAUAGAUCCUACAAUACUAGGCAGCAGCAGCUGCUGGGGGGAUGUCUUCGGCUCUGCUUUAUUUACAAGCGAUGAAGAAGGCCCCAGCAGCAGCAGCAGCAGCAGCAGCAACAGCAGCAGCAGCAGCAGCAGCAGCAGCAGCAGCAGCAGCAGCCGAAAAAACACAAAAUAA